CAGGGGACUCGCUCUGCGUAAUUGUCUGAACAAAUGGCACCUGUUCGGUUGGAAGCAAAUCGUCCGCUGUACUCUCAGUUCCAGUUUGACUGCUCCAAGAGACCUGAGGAUCAUAAUCGGACAAGUUUGGCGACUUCCCCUUGAAAGGAGCAAAAUAUCUGGUUACUCUGAAGAAGUUUUAGACGGGCAACGACUUACUCCACUCCACUUGUAGAUUUUACAGCAGUGAGAGAACAUCCCACCUCCAACCAUGCGUCUAUUCCCUCGCCGGCGUGUAUCUCCUUUAAAGCUGGUCCUGCUCGGGGGGACCCUUUUCAUGGUGGCCCUGGUGGCUCUGCAGAGGGAUGUUGGGUUGACCACGGCCGGGGAGCCCUGGCUGCAGGACUUUGUGGACAAAAGGAACAAGGUGAUGGUGCUGGUCCGCGACGCGGUGAACAACAUCGGCUUCCAGAUCGGAGCUCCGGAGCCCCCGCCGCAGCAGGAGCAGCCCACCCAGAACCUCAAGUGCCCCAGCGGCUUUUACACUCAGGCCCAACUCAAGCCUCACCUGGAGAGGCCGCCUCAGGACCCGCAAAGCCCCGGGGCGGAUGGGAAGCCCUUUCAGAAAGACCACCUCACCCCUGACGAGGAGAAGGAGAAGGAGGAGGGCAUGACCCGGCAUUGCUUCAACCAGUUCGCCAGUGACCGGAUCUCACUCAGCCGCAGCCUGGGGGAUGACACCAGGCCUCCCGAGUGCGUGGACAGAAAAUAUCUCCGCUGCCCUCCGCUGCCUACCACCAGCGUCAUCAUAGUCUUCCACAAUGAGGCCUGGUCCACGCUCCUCAGGACGGUCUACAGCGUCCUGCAUACAUCUCCCGCCAUCCUGCUCAAGGAAAUCAUCUUGGUAGACGAUGCCAGCACUGCAGAACACCUUAAGAAUCAGCUGGAGGUGUUUGUGCAGCAGCUGAGGAUUGUGCGUGUGGUCAGGCAGCCGGAGAGAAAGGGUCUGAUAACGGCCAGGCUGCUCGGGGCCAGCAUUGCUCAGGCUGACGUCCUCACCUUCCUCGAUGCACACUGUGAGUGUUUUCAUGGUUGGCUGGAACCCCUCCUGGCCCGCAUUGUUGAGGAACCCACAGCUGUUGUUAGCCCAGAAAUCACCACCAUUGACCUAAACAGCUUUCAGUUCAACAAGCCUGUGGCCACUAACCGCGCUUACAAUCGAGGUAACUUCGACUGGGGUUUGACUUUUGGCUGGGAGGCCAUCCCAGAGGAGGCCAGGCGGCUGCGCAAGGAUGAAACCUACCCUGUAAAAACACCUACUUUUGCUGGAGGCCUCUUCUCAAUAUCAAAGGAGUACUUUGAGCACAUUGGAACAUACGAUGACAAGAUGGAGAUCUGGGGUGGGGAAAAUGUGGAAAUGUCAUUCAGGGUUUGGCAGUGUGGGGGUCAGUUAGAGAUCAUUCCUUGCUCCGUGGUGGGCCAUGUCUUCCGAACCAAAAGCCCACAUACCUUCCCCAAGGGAACUGAAGUCAUCACCCGCAACCAGGUGCGCCUAGCUGAAGUCUGGAUGGACGACUAUAAGAAGAUUUACUAUCGCCGCAACAAGAAUGCUGCAGUAAUGGCCAGCGAGAAUAAGUACGGAGACAUCUCUGCACGCCUAAAUUUGAGAGAGAGACUUCACUGCAAGAACUUCACCUGGUAUCUUCAGACGGUCUACCCAGAGGUCUUCGUUCCGGAUUUAACUCCAGAGAAAUAUGGAGCAAUAAAAAACACAGGCUCUAACUCAUGCCUGGAUGUUGGAGAGAACAACCAGGGUGGUAAACCUGUGAUCAUGUACAUGUGCCACAAUAUGGGAGGCAACCAGUACUUUGAGUAUUCAUCUCAUAAGGAGCUGCGUCAUAAUAUUGGAAAAGAAUUGUGUCUUCAUGCCACAAACCAGCCUGAUGCAGUGAAGAUUGAGCUGUGCCAGCUAAAGGGGAAGGGUACCAGUUUGGCACCAGAACAGGAGUGGGUCUUUACAGAGGAGAAUCUUCUGAAAAACCCUAGCAGUGGGAAAUGUUUACAGCUCAAAGGGAGUGUGAUUCAGAUGGACCACUGUAAUGCUGCAGAUCUCUACCAGCACUGGACCUUCAGCUGACCUUCUGGACUUCCCAUCAGGUGACCCGUCGGUCACCUUGUGUCCAUCGUUCUCUAAAUCUGCACCUUGAGGCCAAAUCUACUCUGAUCCAGUGGGGCCUGCUGCACAACACUGGGUGUCUGGCCAAACGGAUAACCACUGAAAGAUGGAGGACAACGUAAAGACAAUCGGAUUUGUGGAAAACUUUCGGGGUUGGGUUGGUCUUAACUGUUUUUAGAUUUAAUUUAUUAUGACAUCUCAGGAAAGACAUUUGUUAGUGGUUGUGGAUAUGAAAUGUAUGACUCUGUAAUUGUGAACUGGCAGUGAGCACUUGUUUUAGACUCGAACUGGAAUGAUUGCUAUGAUGGGCUAUUUUUAUUUGUCUGAUUGGAUGUUCAAAUUUUAAGUCUGAGUCAAAAGUAAAAAGAGGUCU